AUGGAAAAUUUGGAAAGUGCUACGCAAACACUUAGCAAUCAGAUUGGCAAACAUUCGAAUGCAAAUAAAGGUAUUAGAAACGCUUUGGUAGCAUCCUCAAGUAGCUCUAGCUUUUGCAUAUUUUGCGAUUCGAAAGAACACUACAUAAAUAGCUGUUUAAAACUUUUAAAUUUGUCGCCGAAUUUGCGUUACAAAGAAGCUAAGCGAUUGCAACUUUGCUUGAAUUGCCUACGCAAGGGCCAUAGUUUACAACGGUGUAAGUCUGGGCAUUGUCGCCAUUGCCCAGGCAAACACAAUUCCCUUCUCCAUAUGAACCCGCUUACCUCGUCUAUAUCCCCGUCUUCAAACCUGCUAACAAUUGAAGCUACAUUCCCUUCACAGCAAACACUCAUUUCAUCGUUAACUUCAAGUACAGUCGCUCAAGCCCCAAAAUCGGGCGCCAAUAGUAAUGUGUUGCGUGCUUUUCUCGACUCGGGCUCUCAAAUAAAUUUUGUAACCGCUCGCUUGGCAAAUAUGCUGCAACUUCCAUUCAAACAAUUUGCAAUUUUGAUUUCCGGUAUCGGCGAAUCAAACUUUGUUGCCGACAAAGAGAUUGACGUUUUCGCACAGUCGCAAGAUAAAGGCUACAUCACUUCGUUCACUGCUGUGGUCACACCCAGUAUUACAGAUUAUCGACCUAACUUCAGCCUUUCUUCGGAAUGGAUAAUACCGUCAAACAUUAAUCUAGCAGAUCCAUUAUUCUUUAAACUCCAGCGCAUUGACUUGCUUAUCGGCGCGAGUUUGUUUUUUGAUUUGAUGUGCGUUGGCCAAAUACGCAUUGCUAGUAAUUUGCCAUUACUGCAAAAAACUCGACUGGGCUGGGUUGUCGCUGGUGGUGUUUCAUAUACCAAAAAACAAUCAUCCUCACUCGCUGCCUGCAGCAAAAACGUAUUUGAACAUCAACAUAAUAACUCAUUGAACGAUAUCGUAAAACGAUUCUGGGAAAUAGAGAAUUGCUUCGACUCUGCUCCCCCUCCAACUAAAGAAGAUGACUGGUGCGAGCAGCAUUUCAAGAAAUAUUUCUCUCGGCUUACUUCGGGAGAGUAUUCAGUGCGUUUGCCAACAAAAACAGGCUUUAGCGAUCUUGGCGACUCAUACAAUCGUGCUCUUCGCAGAUUUAAAAGCUUAGAGCGAAAAUUGGAAAAUAAUCAUAACUUAAGAACUCAAUAUAUUCAUUUUAUGAGUGAGUACAUAUCGCUGAACCACAUGUCACUGGCAACACCUGGGGCAACAACAAACACAUUUUUUCUACCGCACCAUUGCGUGCAAAAGUUUGACAGUACAACGACAAAACUUCGCGUCGUAUUCGAUGGCUCCGCAAAAACAACAACAGGCUACUCGUUGAAUGACCUUUUGCUAGCGGGUCCAACUAUUCAAGCAAAGCUGUUCAAAACUCUCUUACAAUUUCGUUUUCGUAAAUUCGCUCUGUGCGGAGAUAUAUGCAAAAUGGACCAAUGCGUACGUAUGACAUCUCCAGACGAAUAUCUGCAAUGUAUUUUAUGGCGCGAGAACCCACUCGAUGAGGUAAAGGUAUACAAGUUAAACACUGUAACAUACGGAACAAAAUCUGCCGCCUUUCUUGCAAUACGAGCUAUGCAUCAAUUUUCGUACGAUGAAGAAGGGUCAUUUCCAAUAGGUGCAAAAAUCGUGAGGAGAGACUUUUAUGUUGACGAUAUCAUUUCAGGCGGAGAUACUAUAGAAGAAGUGGUUAAGAUCAGACGUCAAGUUUAA